UCAUCUAUGGCCGGAGAUCGAUUGUUCUUCUUCCGGUAGAGAGUCUGUAGUGAAGUCAACUCCCUCUUCAAAACCUUUAUUUCUCCUUCCGGAAUUAAUACCUCAAAUCUAUUUAGAAUUUUAGUAUUUAUCGACUUCCCUUGUAAUCGAUAAUAGCGUUGACACGUUGGUUGCCCUUUCCUUUAUCCUAAACGAGUUCCGCUGCAGCUCUUCAGCUAGCAAGCUAGCCAACAUCCAUUUCUCCGGCGCACAUUCGACACAAUAAUCAUGGACCAGUUAGGAAGGACUUCAGAGACCCCCAAGAGCCCCUGGGGCGGGUGCCCCCCUGCGAUGCCAUCCUGCUCUCUGUCUGAUGUCAUGAGUCAGGAGCUGGCCAGGCAGCUGGAGGAGGAGAACAAGGCCUUCCCCUCUCUGACAAAUCCUGAGGUGAGUCUCCUGUCAGGUGAGGAGACUGACACCAACAGCGAUCUGAUGCUGGCCCGGCUGCUGCAGAUGCAGUACGACCGCGAGUGCGACACCCAGCUCCGCCGGGAGGAGCGCAAGUACAACGGGGAGAGCAAAGUGUCCAUCUCCUUUGAGAACUACCGCACAGCCCAUCCCUAUGACGGCAGUGAGAGCUCAGAGGAUGAGGUGGACUGGCAGGACACCCGGGAUGACCCCUACAAGCCCGAUAAGCCUCAGGUGACGCCACGCAAGGGCUUCACAGGAAAAGGAAAAAACAUCACCACCAAACACGAUGAGGUGCUGUGUGGACGCAAGAACACUGCCCGCAUGGACAAUUUUGCUCCGGAGGUGCUGGUGGGCGAUGGGCUAGGCAUGGACCUGAAACUGUCCAACCAGGUGUUCAACUCCCUGAAGCAGCACUGCCACAGCGAGCAGCGGCGGAGUGCCAGGCUGCACGACAAGAAGGAGCACUCCACUGCGGAGCAAGCAGUGGACCCCCGCACCCGUCUGUUGAUGUACAAGAUGGUGAGUGCCGGCACUUUGGAGCGCAUCAACGGCUGCAUCAGCACAGGCAAGGAGUCGGUGGUGUUCCACGCCAACGGAGGAAUGUUGGAGGAGCAGCCCGUGCCAGAAGAGGUGGUACUGAAGGUGUUCAAAACCACGCUGAAUGAAUUCAAGAACCGGGACCGCUACAUUAAAGACGACUACCGAUUCAAGGACCGCUUCAGCAAACUCAACCCACGCAAGAUCAUCCGGCUGUGGGCAGAGAAAGAGAUGCACAACUUGGCCAGAAUGAAGAAGGCUGGGAUCCCCUGUCCAGAGGUGGCCCUGUUGAGGAAACACAUCCUUGUGUUGUCCUUCAUUGGUAAAGACCACGUCCCCGCACCCAAACUCAAGGACACCAUGCUGGGUGCAGCAGACAUGAAGACUGCGUACUACCAAGUCCUACAGAUGAUGCAGCAGCUGUACCAGGAGUGUAACCUGGUCCACGCCGACCUCAGUGAAUACAACAUGCUCUGGCACCAGGGCCAGGUGUGGCUGAUUGACGUCAGUCAGUCUGUGGAGCCCAGCCAUCCUCAUGGACUCCAGUUCCUCUUCAGAGACUGCACGAACGUUUCUACGUUCUUCCAGAAGAGGGGCGUGGCCGAGGCGAUGAGUGUGUACGAGCUGUUCAACUGUGUGACGGGACUCGACCUCACGAUCAAUGAAGAGGACGAGGCUGAGUUCUUAGCUCAGAUCGAGGCGCUGGAGAAGCGUAACGAGGACCACGUCCAGAAGCGGGGGAAGAAGACCUUUCCUCUGUCCUCGUGGGACGGAAGUCCUCCGUUAAAACAUGCCGCAGAUGACUAACCCCCCCCCCCCCAGUCGCUGAGGACAGCGCCGCCAUACCCACAAGCCACGAGGAGACCCCCGAGGUCAGAGGUCACCGCACCUCCCCCUCUUCCACUUUGAAGAGAACCAAAAAAAAGAAAUCCAGGUGGGACCACCUGGACCCUAACCUGUACGACCCCAGGGGGGCCCCCGAGGGGCCCCAGCAAAGCCCAACGGGUCCCUGCUUAGUUCGGGGGCCUUCUGUCUCCACUGCCCAGAGUUGAGACCAGACACAAAGGGCAUGCAAACAUGGGUCAAUCACAUCCUGCUUCUAUCAACCUCUUAUCGUCCUCCUCCAGCUCUGUCCCUCCUAGAGGACUCAGUAUAUAGUCUGCAUGAGCUUCUAUUUCCACUGUGUGCAAUAUACCAUUUAUCUUUCCAAAUUCAGCCUUCUCCCUCCCUCCCACAUCAACAGCCUUACUCAGGGAGAAGGAGGCUGCAGCUCUAACCAUGUUUUGUGAUUGAUAUCUUCAAACGUCCACAGAAGAUUGUGUGAGUAGCAUGUGUCUAUGUUGACAGGGGGCGUUGUGUGACCAUAACAUCCGUUGUAUUACGGUAGUUAAUUUUCAGUCCCCAUGUGGUCCGCUGGGGCCAGGCAGAGACUCUAGUGGGACCCGGGUCUGCACAACCUUCUGGGGACUCCCAUUCUACACAACAGCCCCAUUGUAUUGUGGAAGUGAUUGAUACAUAUAUAUUUUCUUUUUUAGUAUUGCAAUUUAAGCUUUUGGUUGGAUAAAAAUGAAGAUGGUG